AUAAUCAGCUUAGGUGUUUGGCUGGCUGCAGGGUUGAGUCUCUGAUUGCUGGGAGCACCCGCUGGCCAGCCCUGGUACUGCAGCCCACAAGGCAGGUAAGUCCCACCAUUACUGGCAAGUCCAUUCCUGACAGUACCCCCCCUCAAGGAGCGGCCUCAGGACGCUCCAAACAGUCCUAGCUGGGCAAAAUGUUCCACCGCCCGGGUCUGGUAACUGGCGGGAUAUCAAAGACUGGCACAUCGGGCAGGACUCCGGGCAACGGCACAUCGGGCUGGACUCCGGGCAGAGGCACAUCGGGCUGCACACCGGAUCUCCAGGCGGAGCAGCAGGCACUGGGCCACCAGGCACCGGGCCACCAGGCGGAGCGACAGGCAUCGGGCCCCCAGGCGGGGCGGCGGGCACCGGGCCCCCAGGUGGAGUGGCGGGCACCGGGCCCCCAGGAGGGGCGACAGGCAUCGGGCCCCCAGGAGGGGCGGUGGGCGCCGGGC